GAUGGGCAAGGCAAUACGACGGCCGGCUAUCGUUGCAGUGGCAGACGUGGGGGAUUCUUCAAGUCUUGUUUUUAAUGGCAUGAGGUCAACAACCGCUUUGUCUAGGAUGGGACAGUCCUUUUCUUCUGCCGCUCGUCCUUCCAUACCCAGCCUGCAGAGAUUAUGGAACCCAAGCUGCGCUAUUGUGUUCAGGGGGAACUCCAGGAUCAAUACUCCUCGAACCAUAAGUACGACAAUUGGGGCGGAUGUUGGGCAGGAUCACUCGAAAGCGGAGGCUAGGUCUACCUCAGAAACCACCGCCGUGGAAAUAUCCAGCGUUCCAGCCAUAGAUGGUACAGCAGAAGCAAACCCGCCAGCAGACGAAAGUCUGCUGGAAGAUCCAGAGCAGAAUGAAGUCCCACUAUCAACAACAUUGUUCAAGAUGUCCGAAGAGAUAUUUCGCGGAGCGAAAAAUGCGGCGCCGGGCUCGCCCGAAUCCUUCUGGUCCCAUACCUUGUACCGCGGCCCAGUAGUAGAUGGAGUGGAAACCAAAGUCAAAGUCCACUACUGCAAAAGCAAGCAUACAACGGAGAGGGUUUUGGAACAAUACUUCCGUGGCAAGAAAGUGCUUGGCUUCGAUAUUGAGUGGAAACCGGAUUCGAAUAGGAACUCAGGAAUCAAGAAAAACGUGUCCUUGAUCCAACUAGCCAGCGAGGACCGAAUAGCCCUCUUCCAUAUCGCGCUAUACCCGGGGGACAGAAUCCAGGACUUGGUUGCCCCCAAACUCAAGGAAAUCAUGGAGGAUCCAUCUAUCAGCAAGGUUGGUGUGGCGAUCAAGGCCGACUGCACCCGUCUUCGAAAGUUCCUAAACAUCAAUGCCAAAGGGCUUUUCGAACUCAGUCACCUCUACAAACUGGUGAAAUUCUCCUCGUCGAAAGACUUCAAGCUCAUCAAUAAAAAGCUGGUCUCGCUCGCUACUCAGGUCCAAGAACAUCUUCAUCUGCCUAUGCUCAAAGGAGAAGUCAGAGGCAGUGACUGGAGCCAGGCAUUGGCUAUGGAUCAGAUUAUUUAUGCAGCUUCUGAUUCUUACGCUGGAGUGCAUCUUUAUGAUACCCUAGAAAUAAAGCGUAAAGCUCUAGAUCCAACCCCACCCCGUCCAUACCACGCCGAAGAAAAUAAACCCAUCCGUCUCGCCGAAGGCGUAGAAAUCCCUACCGACGAGGACCUCGAUCCCGACGAGCUCGAACCCUCCACGACAUCAAAACGGAAGUACACGAAGCUCACCCCCUCCUACCUAGAAUCCGCCGCCGAGACCCUCGAGCUAGAUCCCGACUUCGACAUCCAGGCCCCCACCGCCAGCUCCCCAACCACCACCCGAUCCAGAACCCCAUCUAAAUCAUCCCGUGCUCCAAAACAUCCCGCCGUGCUUGCCGCUGAUGCGCUUUCCGUCUCCUACCGCGCUUCGCAUCCUAAGAACCGCGCCGCGCCGGCCUCGCUCCGCUGCUAUUUCCUCUGGUAUCAUAAUCCCGAUCUCUCGCUACAGGACAUAGCGGCGCUGCUUCGCGAAGUGCCGUUGCAGAUAACGACGGUGGUGAAUUAUAUCCUGGAGACAAUUAAGUUGGAGAAGUUACCGUUUGAGAAGGAGAGGCUGAAGAGCGUGUUGGGGAUGCUGCCCAAGGAUGUGGUUUGGGGUCGGUACAGGACUUUGGCAAGGGCUUGCGAUCAGCUCCCGAGAGGUGAUGAGAGUAGAGCGGUUGAGGGGAACUAAUUGAGGUUGGACUUAUCAUAGAACCUGGGGUAUGGGCAAUAUGUAUAUGGAUUGUAGAUUAUAUCCGUGGCGUUGGUUUGGUGCGCCCUCGAAAGAUAGACAUAUCACAGGAUAAUGCUCAGAGUCAAAUUCGGAGACUCAAGAAGAUUCCAU